AUGGAGUUUUCACUGGAUGAGUUUGUGGCUGGUCCAUCUUUUGCUAAAAUAGAAAAAUGUAAGAAAAAGGACCUGUUGAUGGUGGCAAAUUGUUAUAAUGUGCAGGUGCCCUACAGUGCCAAUAAGGCGGAGAUCAAACGGUUGCUGUGUGCAGAGUUGGUGGAGCAGGGCGUCAUACCUGAACCAGCUACUGAUGUUGCUGUUGCGGGCGGCGCGGCGGGUGACGCACCGAUGGCAGACGUGAAAGCGGCAGGGGCUGCUGGCAUGCUCGCUACGGGUGUAGGACUUGAGCCGGUCAUAGAUCCUGUCAUGGGUAACAUGACCAAAGAGGAUCUCCGCAUAGCCCUCCAAAUAAAGGAGGUAGAGACCAAAAACAGACAGCUAGAGGUGCAAGCAAUGCAUCUGCGCAUCAGGGCUCUCGAACUGAAAAAGGGAGCCCCGGUUACCAUUUAUCUUUUAUUUCUUGGCAUAAUAAAGUUUUAUUUUCCUCUCUACCCCCUCUUCUGUGCUCCUUAUCAGAUCUUUUCCUCGGCGGUCUUCGAGCUGAAGAUCAACUCCUUCACCAGCGCGCGCAGCGUCUGUCAGUUCCAGACCCAGGACUGCCAGAUCUUUUUCCGCGUGUGCCUCAAGCACUCGCAGGACUCGCAGGACGAUACCAAACCGGAGCCGCCCUGCACGUACGGAAUCGCGUUCACGGAGAUCUUCGGCGCGGACCCCAAAUCCAUAUCCGCGAGCGCGCCCGUCAAGGUGGACAUCAGCUUCAAGUGGCCGGAGACUUUCGCGCUGAUCAUUGAAGCUUGGAACGCGGAGUCUUCAGGUCUGGACUCUACAGAAAACCAGAAUAACCUCAUCAGUCGGCUGGCGACCCGCCACAGACUAAGAGUUGGGGAAGACUGGUCCCAGGGCGUGCAGUUUGGCAACCAGAGCGAGCUUAACUACUCAUACCACUUAGUGUGUAAUGAGUACUACCACGGCAACGCCUGCUCGUCCUACUGCCGGCCCCGCAACGACACCUUCGGCCACUACACCUGCGACGACGACGGAGGCCGCCGCUGCUUGGGGGGCUGGACGGGCGUGUACUGCUCUCACCCCAUCUGUGCUGCAGGUUGCAGCAAGGAUCACGGCUUGUGCGAGUCUCCCGGGGAGUGUGUGUGUCGGCAGGGCUGGCAGGGCGAGCGCUGCGACGAGUGCGCCCGACACCCCGGCUGCAUCCACGGGACCUGCCUGCAGCCGUGGCAGUGCAACUGUCGGGAGGGAUGGGGAGGACUGUACUGUGACCAAGACCUGAAUUACUGCACCAACCACAAGCCGUGCAAGAACGAUGCCUCGUGCACCAACACCGGCCAGGGCAGCUACACCUGCACCUGCAGGCCCGGGUUCACCAGCAAGAACUGUGAAAUUGAGACCAACGAGUGUGACAGCAACCCCUGCAAGAAUGGCGGCAGCUGCAAAGACUUGGAGAAUGAUUAUUCGUGCGAAUGCCCUCAAGGCUUCUAUGGGAAGAACUGCGAGAUCAGCGCCAUGACCUGCGCAGACGGGCCGUGUUUUAAUGGAGGCACCUGCACGGAGAGCGUGGUCGGUGGGUACAGUUGUCGCUGCCCGUCUGGGUAUACAGGCUCCAACUGCGAGAAGAGGAUCGAUAAAUGCAGCAGCAACCCCUGCGCCAACGGUAUGAACCUUUACUGUACAGUUAUGCCUAUCCCUUUAUGA